GGGUGGAAGGACAUGCUCCUUCCUCUCUUUCUCUCCUGUUGUCUUUCUUUCUUUCUUAAAUGGACUCCAUGAUCGUCAUUCUCCAGUGACAUUCGUAUAAGAGGCGCUGAUUGAGUGACCAUUUGAUCCCUUGCAGAUCAUGAUUCUGGAAGGAAGUGGUGUAAUGAAUCUCAACCCAGCCAACAACCUCCUCCACCAGCAGCCAGCCUGGACAGACAGCUACCCUGCAUGCAAUGUUUCCAGUGGUUUUUUUGGAGGCCAGUGGCAUGAAAUCCACCCUCAGUACUGGACCAAAUAUCAAGUGUGGGAAUGGCUGCAGCACCUCCUGGACACCAACCAGCUGGAUGCCAGCUGCAUCCCUUUCCAGGAGUUUGACAUCAGCGGAGAACACCUGUGUAGCAUGACUCUGCAGGAAUUCACGCGGGCGGCGGGCUCUGCUGGGCAGCUGCUCUACAGCAACUUACAGCAUCUUAAGUGGAACGGCCAGUGCAGCAGUGACCUUUUCCAGUCCACACACAAUGUCAUUGUCAAGACUGAGCAAACAGAUCCUUCCAUUAUGAACACAUGGAAAGAAGAAAACUAUCUCUAUGACCCCAGCUAUGGUAGCACAGUAGAUUUUUUGGACAGCAAAACUUUCUGCCGGGCCCAGAUUUCCAUGACAACCUCCAGUCACCUUCCAGUUGCCGAGUCACCUGAUAUGAAAAAGGAACAAGACCACCCUGUAAAGUCCCACACCAAAAAGCACAACCCAAGAGGGACUCACUUAUGGGAGUUCAUUCGAGACAUUCUCCUGAGCCCAGAUAAGAACCCAGGGCUGAUCAAAUGGGAAGACCGUUCAGAAGGCAUCUUCAGGUUCCUGAAGUCAGAGGCUGUGGCUCAACUGUGGGGGAAAAAGAAAAACAACAGUAGUAUGACCUAUGAGAAGCUCAGCCGGGCCAUGAGAUAUUACUACAAACGGGAAAUCCUGGAACGUGUGGACGGACGACGGCUGGUCUAUAAAUUUGGGAAGAAUGCUCGUGGAUGGAGAGAAAAUGAGAACUGAGGCUGCCAACACUUGGGACACAAACCAAAAACACACAGCAAAUGGAUUAUGAUCAAUGAAGAACUGGACGUAAAUAUUUCAAAGACUACUUUUCAGUGAUAUUUAUGUACUAUGAAGGGACAAAAAAAUCUACUUCUGAUGGGAAGAAUGAACACUACAGUUGAUGAAAAAAUUAUUUUGUUACUUUGAAGUAUGUCCUAUGUGGGGAGCAAACGUACACAGUUUUCUGUGAACUAUGAAGCUGUAUGUGGUUGUGAUGUGCUGUUGCCUCUGUUGUGAUGUUUUGUUUUGUUUUGUUUUCCUACCCCGAGAACAACAGGGCCUGUAGCCUUGCGCUUCUUGUCAAGAGGAAGGGAAAAGAAAUAAGAGGGCAUUAAAUAUUUUCAUAGACAA